UUACCCGGGCAAUUGAUUUACAUCGAAUUCGCUCCGCCCCAAAUAUGGAAUAGUCCUCAAUUGUUGCUUUGCCCAUCUCAUAAAUACGCCUACUAUCUCGACUACCAUGAUGAUAAGUUUCAAAUAAUAAUGUCAGACAUCUUUUCUGAAAUUCCUUACGAAAUUGUAGUGAAGAUCCUUACUUUUUUACCUGCAAAAGAUCUUUGUUCCAUUUCUUUGGUUAACAAAAAUCUUUUAUCAUUCAUCCAAGAUGAUUACGUUUGGCAAUCAAUUUGUAUUAAUCAAUUUCCUGCAAGUCAUGUUUCUGAGGAACGAAAGAAUAUGAUCGCAAAGGAGGCCACUUUGAGAGUUCAAAGUACAAACGAGUCAGAAAACCGAUCAGAUCAAAAUAUUUUUGGAACCAUUAUUUCUAACUUAGCAAAUCUAGUUUUGAAUACUCCUUCAGUAACAAGUAAUAACGAUGUAAACGUUAGUGAACGUAGUGAAUGGAAAAGACUUUACAGGAGGCUAUGUAAGUCAUUAGCCAUUACUCUACAAGUUCCGAUACAAAUGCAUACAAAUUUAAUUGAUAGUGGAGAUGCAAUUGGCCUAUUAAUUAAGAUAAUUAAUAUACAAGCUAUUUACAUCUCCAAUCGGCAUAUUAAUUUUAUUGCCGAAGAACGGGGCGUCAUCUGGUUAGAUUGUCAAGAGGGAGGAGGAAAUAAUCACCAUUGGCGAACCCUCGAAGAUUCGCGAAGCGAAUUUGGAAAAGUUGUUUAUUUAAGAUCUGUUUGGUGGUUUGAUGUUUCGUCGAAUCUAAAGUCCAUUCUACCUGGUACAUACGACGUUGUAUGGCGAUUAAAGAUUGAAUCAUAUCGUUGGGCCAUUCAAGGUUUAAACUUCUGCACAACUGUUAUUGAAAGAUUAGAGGAUGAAAUUGAUGCUGAAGCUGCUAUUCAUGAUAAACAACAUUAUAGUCACAUUCCACAACCUACAAUGUACGCCAAUCUUGCCAGCAAAAACGAAUGGGUCGAGUAUUGUUUACCCUAUAAAAUUGUUAUACCUGAGCGAAAAAUUGUUGAUGGCGACCUCAUACUAGGCAAAAUUUGGAGUUUAACGGAUUAUAAGCUUCAAUGA